GAUAAUUUAGUCAACUUCAUUCUCCAAAACUGAUAAUCACCCUAUCUUGUUAUAUAAACUCAUUUAUUCAAGCGGCAAUUUCUGGCCUUUCUGUUGCAAAAAAUUGCAAAAUUCGCUAUCUUUAUUUCUUAUUAAUCUCUUACCUGUUUUUUGUCCUCUAUUUGAUCAUCCAAAAAAUUCUCUAUCCUAAAAAAGCCUGAAUAAUUAUAAAAAUUAAGCAUAAUUUAAUAAUUUAUGAGAGGUCAGCAAUAUUAUUAUAAUAAUAAAAAUGCAAUCUUUGGGUUUGAAAGUGUUCACUGAUUUUGGGGUAGCAGCAAGAAAAUCAUGUAAUUCAAAGAAUACCAACUUAAAUGGGUUAUCGGAUUAUGAAAUGGGUACCCGAAAAAGUUGGGGUUGUUCCACCAUUGGAGGUAGAAAUGGAGGAUAUUGUAGAAUAGUGGCUUGUUCUUCUCAGACAAAUGCUGGUGGAGAGAGUAGCCCGAGUUCAAGCCCGAUUCCUGGCCCGGUUGAGGAUCAAGGUCAGCCCGGUCUUCUUUCUCGGACUCAAACUUAUGCCAUGCUUAAGCAACAAAUGGAGGUUGCAGCCAAGUCUGAGGAUUAUAAAGAAGCCGCGAGAAUACGUGAUUCAUUAAGAUUAUUUGAAGAUGAAGAGCCAGUUUUGCGGUUGAGGAGGCUUUUGAAAGAUGCUAUUGCGGAAGAGAGGUUCCAGGAUGCUUCAAGGUAUAGGGAUGAACUCAAGGAGCUCUCUCCACAUUCUCUUUUGAAGUGUUCCAGUGAUGCUACUACUUUGGGGAUUCGUGUCCAAGUUAGGAGUGUCUACAUCGAGGGACGUAGUCAACCUUCAAAAGGGCACUACUUUUUUGCUUAUAGGAUUAGAAUAACUAACAAUUCAGACCGUCCUGUACAAUUAUUGAGACGACAUUGGAUAAUAACUGAUGCCAAUGAGAAAAUUGAAAAUGUCUGGGGUAUAGGAGUCAUUGGUGAGCAACCAGUUAUACUUCCAAAUACUGGCUUUGAAUACUCUUCUGCAUGCCCUUUAAGUACUUCUAAUGGAAGAAUGGAGGGUGAUUUUGAAAUGAUUCAUAUUGAUAAAGUAGGAUCAAGGACAUUCAAUGUAGCUAUUGCUCCAUUUUCGCUCUCCACACUUGGUGACGAUAGUGAUCCUUUCUGAACUGAGAGCUUCAAAAGUAAAGACUAUCAUUUAUAUGGAUGUUACAUAUACUUCGUAUAAUUGAAGCCCUAUGAAGUGAUUAUGUUUAGUUUGUUGCAUUAGCCUUGCCAUCAGAAUGAGAAGCGAAGAGUAUGUCCUCACAAGUGCUGAAAAGAUGAAGCAGAAGAUCCGACUUUUGGAUGCACAAUUAUAGUCACAAUGUCGUGUAUGUGUUGAGUCGAAGGAAGUUUUACAGUUUAUAUUAGUAAUAUUGUCAUCUCUUCCCUAUUCUGCAUACACCACUUCUCUCCAAAACUUUCCUUGUAAAUUGUAAUUACAUAGAACUAUAGAAGUGCUAUUUAGAUAUGACUGUUUACAAAUCACAAAAGUUAACCGAUCAUAUCUCUGCCCUAUCGUAUGUAAUAUUACUAUUGAAUGCACUGUAAUAUAAAUUUAAAAGGUUUGCAAAAU